AUGGAUCCGGCCAUGCCCGUUACCGUCGCCAAGGGUGCCCUGCUCACAUGCGAUAUAUUACGCCCUGCAGCUGUCACCGCGGGUACACUGACAGGCUCAUACGCCUUUCUCAAGUCGUACCCUGACGCGAUCCACCUGGCGAUGCGGUCGGCGACGAAUGGGGGAGUUGCAGGCUCAUUGUUUUUCGGUACGUCCCCCAAACCAGCUUCCGGCUGUCGCCGCCGACGCGAGCUUCAUGCCUCCAGGAUGCACAAACUUCCCGAAACCGCUAUUAGUGGUGCUUUCACUGGAGGUGUAAUUGGUGCCUACCGGAGUACGUCUCCAAGUGUCCAUACAUCGGCUUGUGGUCCUUCUGCUGUAUGGGCGGGAGCGCGGACAAUAGGUAUCAUCUGCACCGUCUUGCAACUCGCUUUCAACGAGCUUGAAGUAAACCGCGUCAAAUUUGUUGCGGCCCAGAGAAGCCGGAAAAACUCGAUCUUUGACGGAUUCAUGACCAUGAUUGGGUUUAGAAGAGUAUCGCACGAAGAACAUAUCGAGAAACUGAAGAAGCAACGAGACGAGGCUCUGAAGCGGAUAGCGAUACUGGAGGGGGAACGACUAGCGAUGUCACAGCUGGAAGGGGAGACCGGCAAGUCAUGCUGA